UCUUUCUAUCCUCAACGGUCCUAAUAUGCUGUUGUACUUAACGAACACAUUACAGGCAUGCCUCAGUUAUAGAUCACAUGCACAAACAGCUGUUAAAUGCACAUAAUACUGACUAGAAAUUAAUUUUACGCCUUUGUUUUGGCGCCCCCUCUAGCGCAGCGCCCCUGUGCGUCGCGUGCCCAUGUUUUUGCGCCUCUGUUUCCAGUGAUUGCGGUAGUCUGGAGAUAAAACUGAAUCGACACGUCAUUGGCUCUCACUCUGGCUGUGUUUGUGUGUAUUUUAAAGGAAGGAAGGGAGGAGGAGACAGCGUGGAAGUGGAAGAAGCUUUGUCGCAGUAACACAACUUCUCCAGUCGAGCAGCUGCUUUUCUACAACACAUCCUCCUGCGGUCGAGUCCGUCCGACCGACCGACCGAGUCGACAUGCCGCCGGUCAGUCUGUGCUCUCCGUGACACCGGGAGGGUGUGAGUGAGCUCGGCUUGCUUUUUCACUGAACCCUGGCGCGGAARCGAAAGGCUCGGGGAUUGGGGAAAGACCGACACCUCGCUGCGUCUUCCCCGGCGCCGGGCAGCCACCAACCCUGGAUUGGCCGCAGGGAACCAACCGCAACGGCUGUUAGCUGGGAAGCUAACAGGCAUAUAAACCGAGGAUAUCCGUUCAGUUGAGGUUUCACUAGAAAGCAGCGGCGACGGCGUGGAAAUGGAUUUAAAAAAAUGAAGAGCGGGACUGUCUAAUCAUCCAAAUAGGAGGGCCUCUCACUCUCUCUCAAAGGUAGCYCUCUUCAGCUUACCUGUGCAGCAGAGCUGAGAGACGGAGCAGAAGAUGCCACCCAGGCCAUCCUCAGGGGAGCUGUGGGGCAUCCACUUGAUGCCCCCAAGGAUCCUAGUGGACUGCCUGCUGCCCAAUGGGAUGAUUCUGACCUUGGAGUGUCUCCGAGAGGCCACGCUAAUCACCAUCAAGCAUGAGCUGUUCAAGGAGGCCAGAAAGUAUCCCCUCCAUCACCUCCUGCAGGAGGAAACCUCCUACAUUUUUGUCAGUGUUACACAGGAAGCAGAACGGGAGGAGUUCUACGAUGAGACUCGAAGGCUGUGUGACCUUCGACUCUUCCAGCCUUUCCUCAAAGUGAUCGAGCCGGUUGGMAACAGAGAGGAAAAGAUCCUGAACAGAGAGAUCGGUUUUGCCAUUGGCAUGCCUGUGUGUGAGUUCGACCUGGUGAAGGACCCAGAGGUCCAGGACUUCAGGAGAAACAUCCUGAAUGUUUGCAAAGACUCUGUGGAGCUGAGAAACUCCAGCGGUCCUCACAGCAGAGCGCUGUACGUUUACCCCCCCAACGUCGAGUCAACACAGGAACUCCCCAAACACAUCUAUAGCAAACUGGACAAAGGUCAUAUUAUUGUUGUAAUAUGGGUGAUCGUUUCCCCAAACAAUGACAAGCAAAAGUAUACACUAAAGAUCAACCAUGACUGUGUGCCRGARCAGGUGAUUGCAGAGGCCAUUCGCAAGAAGACGCGCAGCAUGCUGUUGUCCCCRGAGCAGCUGAAGAUGUGCGUUCAGGAAUAUCAGGGGAAAUACAUCCUCAAAGUUUGUGGCUGUGACGAAUACCUGCUGGAAAAGUAUCCCAUAAGCCAGUACAAGUACAUUCGUAGUUGCAUCAUGCUGACCAGGAUGCCAAACCUGAUGCUAAUGGCUAAGGACAGCCUGUACACUCAGCUGCCGACUGAUAACUUCGUCAUGCCAUCAUACUCUCGACGUAUCUCCACGGCAACGUCGUACAUGAAUGGAGAGGCUUCGUCCAAGUCGCUGUGGAGCAUCAACGGGACUCUGCGAAUACGAAUCCUCUGCGCCACCUACGUCAACGUGAAUAUACGGGACAUAGACAAGAUUUAUGUGAGGACCGGAAUUUACCAUGGAGGUGAACAAAUGUGUGACAACGUCAACACACAGAGAGUACCCUGCUCUAACCCCAGGUGGAAUGAGUGGCUCCCCUAUGACAUGUACAUCCCGGACGUCCCCCGAGCUGCCAGACUCUGCCUCUCCAUCUGCUCUGUUAAAGGCAGAAAGGGAGCCAAGGAGGAACACUGUCCACUAGCUUGGGGCAACAUUAACCUGUUUGACUACACUCACACUCUGGUGGCCAACAAGAUGGCUCUGAACCUCUGGCCAGUCCCUCAUGGCCUGGAAGACCUCCUCAACCCAAUAGGAGUCACUGGAUCUAAUCCCAAUAAGGAAACGCCAUGUCUGGAGCUGGAGUUUGACCACUUCAGCUGUCCUGUCAAAUACCCAGACAUGAAUGCSGUGGAAGAUCAUGCAAACUGGAUCAUCUCCAGGGAACUGGGCUUUAACUUCAACCUCUCAGUCAACCACUCGGGAACUCAACAGAGCAGUCGGGCGGCCAGAGAUCACGCCCUGACGGAAAGCGACGGCGAACAGAUGCGACAGCUGAGUAACAGGGACCCUCUGUCCGAAAUCACUGAGCAGGAGAAAGACUUCCUCUGGAGACACAGGCACUACUGUAUGAACAUCCCAGAGAUCCUUCCCAAGAUACUUCUUGCUGUCAAAUGGAACUCCAGAGAUGAUGUAGCGCAGGUAUUAAAAUACGAGCAGUAUCUUGACAGUCCGCUAGCUCGCUUUCUCCUCAAAAAGGCCCUGACCAAUCAAAGGAUAGGCCAUUUCUUCUUCUGGCAUCUCAAGUCAGAAAUGCACAAUAAAACUGUGAGCCAGAGGUUUGGGCUGCUGCUGGAGGCUUACUGCAGGGCCUGUGGUAUGUACCUCAAACACCUGAGCAGGCAGGUGGAAGCCAUGGAGAAGCUCAUCAACCUCACCGACAUACUCAAACAGGAAAAGAAGGAUGAGACACAAAAGGUCCAGAUGAAGUUUCUUGUAGACCAGAUGAAGAGACCCGACUACAUGGACGCUCUGCAGAACUUCACCUCUCCACUCAACCCUGCGCAUCAGCUGGGAAAUCUGAGGUUGGAGGAGUGCAGGAUCAUGUCAUCCGCAAAGAGACCGCUGUGGCUCAACUGGGAGAAUCCUGACAUCAUGUCCGAGUUACUGUUUCAGAAUAAUGAGAUCAUCUUCAAAAACGGAGAUGGACAUCAGUAUGACAUGGCUGUGGAUCUGUUUACGAGGUCCUGUGCUGGCUACUGUGUAGCCACGUUUAUUCUGGGGAUCGGAGACAGGCACAACAGCAACAUCAUGGUCAAAGAUGACGGACAGAACUUGAUGGACUUUUUUACCAAAUACAUUUUGAGUAUUUACUUAGACGGAUACUUUUUACCUUUGCUUGAGUAAAAAUAUGUUGCCGUAGUUCUGCUCUGGAGUUCGAUCUCUUCCCAUCCGUUGCUGUAAUCCUGUCGCCAUUUUGGCUCCAGGUUCCAGGAAAUGUGCUACAAAGCGUACCUGGCCAUCCGCCAGCACGCCAACCUCUUCAUCAACCUGUUCUCCAUGAUGCUGGGCUCCGGCAUGCCCGAGCUGCAGUCGUUCGACGACAUCGCCUACAUCCGGAAGACGCUGGCGCUGGAGAAGAGCGAGCAGGAGGCUUUGGAUUAUUUCAUGAAGCAGAUGAACGACGCUCAUCACGGAGGUUGGACCACCAAGAUGGACUGGAUUUUCCACACGAUUCGGCAGCAUGCACUAAACUAAACGCAUUAAACUCAACAUGGAGUAUUUAUUACUACACUUUUUGAAGGGAUUUAUUUUUCCAUUGACCGCAAACUCUAUGAAGUUUGCCUUUUGAUUAAUUUUUGAAGUACUUUUUCCCUUGUUUUGUAAACGAGGUUCUGGGUUUUCCUCCAUUAUCCUUUUUGUUUGCCUUUAUUCGGGGUGUGCUGCUUUUGUCAGUGUGUCAAUUUUUCCUCAGGACCCUGACGGUAAUAACCUCCCCAGACUUUAAUGUUUGGGGACAAAAAAAAUGAAAUCUCUUCCCUUACUUUGCUGCUCUUUAAAUAAAACCCAACACAGCUUGGAGAAGCCACGUCCGCAAAGGUGUUAAUGUAGCCGCAACGCAGGUCUGACUUGCUGACCUUCAGUCUUUGCUGCACUUUUUCUCAGCUUCACUGGAGAGAGGGAAGGCACAGGGAACUGUGUGCACAGAUUUUGUGGAUUAUCUCCCAUCUAUAAUGUCUUCCACAGAUAAUUUGAUCUUUUUUCAUUGUUUGGGUUAUUUGAGCAGAAAUUUAAAGACUAAAAAGCAUCAGAGACUCUUGAGAUUCUCUUUCUCCGCCGACUUCUUGUCGUAAACUUCAGGGCAAAGAUGCCUCCUUCAAAAAAAAAAAAA